AUACCAGAGACUUCCGUCGCUUCGACCAUACUUCUAUCCAACCUUCUCCCCGUCUUCGUUGAGUUGCUUGACGCCUCGCCGUUCAAUGCGGACGAUACUGAAGCGCCAGUCAGUAAUUCAGAAACCUUCUCCAUUCCGCUACCCGCUGAAGACUGGAGUUGGGUCUCGGCCUCCGUCUUCUGCACUUGUAUUUCUGCCCUGCGACGCCAGUUAACUACAACAAGCACUAAAGACUCCUCGAUGCCUACACACACUCCCCUUAAAGUCUCCUCCAACCUCAGUCUUUGUGCCGUUUUGCCCUUCAAGGAGCUCUAUGCGUUCAUUUUCAGUGUCCUGGAAAAACAGGCGCUAAUGCGUGAAGCAGGUGACUUACUUGAGAAUGAGCAUUUACAGGAGGCAGACAACCAGUUAACCAUUGUCAUCCUCGACACGCUGAAGGAGGCUGCUGAGGUUCAAGUGGACUAUCUCCUAGCAUUCUUCUCCGAAGAGGACGCAUGCAUCGAGUGUACACCUCUCGUCUACUCUCUUAUGCUGCAGCUCGUGUCACCGGCAUCUAUUUGCCGAGCCUCGGCCCUAGUUUGCAUGUUGGUCUUCGCCAAACGACUCCCGAAUCUCUUCACGCACAGUUUACGCCCGCUGGCGCCCGUGGUCCAAGAGCAGCCCAACCCUGUUGAUGCAAGUGCUGCUGAUGUUGAGGCCGAAACCGAAACUACUGCGGCUGGUGAGGCCGGUGACGCUGCCAAAGGGAAGAACAAGAAUCAAAAGAAGAAGCGCAAGAAGGCGGCCCUUGCAGUCGCUUCCAGUAUGGCCAUUCAGGCCAAAAUGGACGCCAGCAUAGCUGAUCCCAGCACCUGGCCACCACUCAACCUCAUGGCUAACACGCAGCUUCGUCUAUUUGUCAGUCGCUGUGACCCCUCGGUGGAGGUUGCUAUUGACGCUGAAACCCUAUGGAAUCUGUUGGGACUGCACGGUCUAGCCGAAAAGGAAGCCGACGGUGAGCGGACUCUGCUCAACGACCGGCCUCGCCAUGAGGACCUGCUGCCACCCGCAGCCCUGUCCACUCGCCUGCUGCUGGAAUCCACUCGCAAGCAGUCGGACGUGCAGACGCCCGAAAAACCGAAAGAUACGCCCCACCGUCACGGUGAACCUAAGGCACCCGAGGUGUCCAAGUACCGUCUUCAACGCCUUGGUCUGGCCGUCGCUCUCGCCGCUAUCGUCAGUUGCUCCAAGACCCUGGGCUGGUCCGCGAAUGCAGCGCCAGCCGCC